AUGUGCGUCGGUCGCGACGAGCCCAAGGCUUGCAGAUCCGCAAGACGCGAGAUAUCGACUGUGGUCUGGUUGCCUGCGCACUCAGUCAUCAACCCGCCCGCGAUCACUCACCCGCGGCUGGGUGAAACAGGGGAAGGAGGGGGAAACCAUGCGCCGCCGUGCAUACUCAGCCCCUGUGGUCCUCUUGACGUCGAUACGGUGCCGUCAGCGGCACGAAAGGCCUCACUUCCGCGCCUCAAAACGCACCCCCGGUGUGUCGGUGUAUCUGUAUCUGGGACACCGCGCAGUAGCAAGUUGCAAACCGCUAUGCCGGGUACGGUGCAGGAUCAGAAGUCUCCUGAGGGCCCGGCCGCACACGGUAGUGCCCUGCUCCCUGCAUCUUCGUACAUGGAUGCCAUACCAGUAUCGGCGACGGAAGCAGAUCCACAGGGUUCAGCCACUCUUCAGGGAAGCAGCAGGGCGGAACACGACAUACACGACACUCGACUCAGGGACUAG